UUACUCGACAUAUAAACAGAAUAUAUAUUUUAUAAUAAUUCUUAAUGUAAAUUUUUAAUUUACGACAGACACUAAUAAAUAUUUUUUAGUUUCUAAUAAAUUUUUUUUAAUAUUCACAUGCAAAAUAUAUUAAAAUGUUAUGACAUUGAAGCAGGGUGUGUAUGCUCCACUGAAUGAAAAUAUGAAAAGUUAGUACUGCACUGCAGUAAAAUUGAAAUAGAUCAUAUAGAAAUACACUGCAGUAUUUUAUCAGCAGUUUUGCCUGUAAGGAGGUAUAAAAAGAAGUAUAUAAUGUGGCUGUGCACUGCUAAAACGAGUAUUGAUUAAACAAAUUACUUAGAGACAAGUAACAGCAAAGGAAUAUGGAUGCAUGUUUCACUGCUUUUGACAAAGAUGAAGAUGGAUAUUUGUCUCUCACAGAAUUUGAACUCAUUUGUCGUGCAUUGUUUCGUAACGAUCGCGGAAAAAUUUACAGUCUCGACAAGAACCAGUUGAAUGAAAUAUAUUCUGUAUUUGACUGGAAAAAAGAUGGAAAGAUUGAUAGAGAAGAGUUCGAGAUGUGCUGGAAUCGUUGGAUUAAAAUAUGUUGUCGUCCAAAGAGUGUUUUUUUGAUCGUUGAUGUACAAAACGAUUUUAUAACGGGUUCGUUAAAUAUAAAACAAUGUGCUGCACAACACGAUGGUUCAGAAGUGAUCGAGCCAAUCAAUCGUUUGUUGGAUACUGUACCAUUUGAUGCAGUAUUUUACUCUCUUGAUUGGCAUCCUGUAGACCAUGUCUCUUUCAUUGAUAAUUUACAUCUUAGAGAAGUUGAUCCUAGCAGCGAAAUUCCAAAAGAAAUAGCACAAGUUUAUGAUACGGUUACAUUCAAAGGACCACCGCUACUAACGCAACGUCUUUGGCCGCGUCAUUGCAUUCAAGACUCUUGGGGCGCAGAGCUUCAUAAAGACCUAAAAAUCGUUGAUAAUGCAAUUAAAAUAUACAAAGGAACAAAUCCAGAAGUGGAUUCAUAUUCUGUGUUUUGGGAUAACAAGAAAUUGCAAGAUACCACGUUGUCCUCACAAUUACAAGAAACCGGGACAACAGAUAUAUAUAUUUGUGGACUAGCUUAUGAUGUUUGCGUCGGAGCUACCGCGGUUGAUGCGCUUAAAAGUGGUUAUCGAACUAUUCUCAUCGACGAUUGUAGUCGAGGAGUAGAUCUCGUAGAUAUAGAAAAAACGAAAGCUACCGUCAUAAAUGAUAAUGGUGUGAUUGUGAAUUCGAAUCAGGUAAAAGCAAUGGUCGAAGGAAAAGAUCGACGACCGGAACUUGGAUACAAAUUAGCUUUAGAAAUAAAAAAAAAAAUGAACUCCGUAGAUGAUGAUAAAUAA